CAUUGCCUCACUUCCGGGUCGCGACAUCAUUUCCGCCUCCUCCGGCCUGGCCGGGGUCCGGGUCCGGAUGCUCCGGGGGCCGCGCGGCGCCCUGCGGGGAGCGGUGAGCACUGACAGAUGAGGAAGUCCAUGAGCUGAGCCCACCAGCCAUGGCCGCUCCCCGGAGGACAGCAGCCCCCUGGAGGAGAGCUCUGCUGAUGCUUCUGGCAUCGCAGGCCUUGUCCCUAGCGAACUGCUCUGAAGAGGAGGAAGUCCCAGAAGAGUGGAUGCUUCUGCAUGUUGUUCAGGGUCAGAUAGGAGCUGGGAAUUAUAGUUACUUAAGGUUAAACCAUGAGGGAAAGAUCAUUCUUAAGAUGCAGAGCUUAAAAGGAGAUGCAGACCUGUAUAUAUCCGAUAGCACCCUCCAUCCGAGUUUCGAUGACUACGAGUUACAGUCAGUCACUUGUGGUCAGGACAUUGUUUUUAUACCAGCACAUUUCCAACGCCCUGUGGGAAUAGGGAUCUAUGGACACCCAUCUCACCACGAGAGCGAAUUUGAAAUGAAAGUAUAUUUUGAUAGAACAAUCGAACAGUACCCACUUGGUGAGCCUGCUUACUCCGCAAACGGCGCAGACCCAAGUCAGAAGUACGCUUAUGCUCCUGAAGACGCACCUCAAGAGGAGGAAUCUGUUCUUUGGACAAUAUUAAUUAGUAUUUUGAAACUGGUACUUGAAAUUCUUUUCUGAGUCAUUUAACAUACUCUGGAGUAUAAUACCCCUAAUCUGUGACGUUGAUUGGACUUUGCUAUGAACCUUGCUACUUUUACCUGGUUGAAGUUCUGGUUACCGUUUCUAGUCGAGGAAUGGAAAAAUAAAGCCAUAUACAGGUUUUUUUUUUUUUUUUUUUUACCUCAGUUACCCCAAAACCCCUAAAUUUGAAAACCAGCAAGCACAUUAUUUGUUUUCAAGAUCGAAACUCCUAUAAAAGGAAUAUACACAAUAAAAUGUUCAAACUCCAUUGAUUAGUUUGCUAGGUGAUGAAAAAGAUUACUGCAGUGACUUAGGUUUAUUAUAUAAAAGAAAUGAAAACAGAGCUACCUUUCAUGCAGUUACACAGAUCAUAUUAAAAGGUUGGUAUCAUAAUUUUAUUCUAGAGAUUCUAAACGAAGUUCAAUGUGUAAGUUUUCAAGAGUAACUAAAAUCACGUCGCAAAUGUAACGAUUUAUUUACACUCUUCUGAGCCCAUUCCCCAGGUAGGGAUGGUAUUUUCUAUCCAAACAGGAUAUUCUGGCAGGCAGGUAUUUACAAACUUUUUGUUUCUGUGCCAAUAAUUGCAAUUUUAAAUCCAGCUGCACCAAAUCUUAAUAGGCCAUUUGUCAUUUUAAUCGCAGGCUAUCUAUCAAUUAAAAUUUCUUAGUUAUUAAAUAACUUUUAUACUGCCUAUGGCAGGCCAGAAACAACAAUGCACAUGAGGAAAGUUUCGUGAAAAUAAUAGUAACUUUUCAGGCUACUGGAGAAAUAGUUAAGUAUUUUUAAUUAAGUUGCUAAAUAUUUCCACUGAAUUUUUGAAGAGAGCCAAAGUACUAAGAGAUAAAACUCUUUUGGAAGAUGAAUUAUUUCUCUACUUGGAAUUAGUUUCAAGGGUAAGAGUAGGUUAUAACAAAUCAACUGCAGAUUUUAAGCCUGUAUUUAAUUUCAAAAUUCUUUUAUUGACAUAAAAAUGAAAAUGUAAAUAAAUUGGCACCAAAUAUUCCACUUAAAGGCAUAUACAAUAUUAGGGUCAAAAACCUAUUUUAUCCCUCUUUGCUGUUUUUCCCCCUUCUGCCCACUUUCCUGGGUGUUGGGGGGGCUCGCUGACAACAGUCACAAAUCCAGCGACCUAGGAGAAAAAUUGUUAGUUAAUAUAAAACGAAACUUUAUUUUUACAGGACUGAAUUAUAAGCCCAUUUAAGCUAUCCUUCCUUAGCUGUCACUAAUGAUGUUCCUCUGGAUUUGCGUUGAGAAGGGCACUAAAGAAGUUUCUUAAUUUAAGGGGAAAAAUGUAAACUUCCCCUAAAAUAACCAAUGUAAUCAAUGCCAUGUGAGAUUCAGUGCAAAAUAAGGGGGUUGGAGAAAGCAAUGCUACACAAUGUUCCAGACCUUUACAAAAUUAUUGUAAUCUUCCCUGAAAUUCAAACACUGUCAAAUUUCAAAAGUUUAAUACAAAUCCCAAUAUAAAACCCAUUACCGAAUUUAGCUUCUUAAAGCCUUUUUUGGCUGUUUACUGGCAGUUGUAUGUCUAACAGCAUUCUCUGAAGUCCUGAUGUACUGUGCUCACGUAGCACUUUAAAAUUUCAAGUUUUUAAAGCACAAUGAUAAACUACUAUAUACUUACUUGAUCUGAAUUGCUACAUAACCUUAAAUCAUUUAAAUUGCUUGCUUCUUAAUGACUCCCAGGAAACUUAGUUUUAGGCGUAUAUUUUAUAGAGUAUUAUACGGUGUUAACUAUGCAAAUAAGUUCUAAAUUUACACAAUUAUCUGUGUAAUGUUUUAGUCCAAUUACUGUGAUUUAUUCGAUUCUGUGUUUAUUCUAAAGUUAUCUGGAAUUGUCAUGCUGUCUCAAUUUAUAGAAAUCUGGUUUAAUAUGUAUAAAGACAUAGCAAUCAUUUUGUUAAAUUUCUAAAUAGAUGACGUAUAAAAAUAAAAUCAAAGCUUUGAAACAAA